GAGUUAUCGUUCUAAAUUGGGUGACGAACGACAACUCGGAGUAGAUAUUGGAUUUAGGACAUUCCUCCCAUUUCAUAAAUAUUUGGUGGACCUGAAAGGUAAAGAAAAAGAAAGUAGGUGAAUCUCAAGAUAAAAUUAAAAUGAAGAAACAUAAAAGACAAACUAAAGCUGCCACUAGAGACAGGUCUGUAGGUAAAGGGACGGAACCCAGGAAAACGUAUACCCACCGGAAAAGAAAGUACGAGUGUGAACAACACGGACAAGAUGAAAGACCGACAAAAAUCCUAAAUCACAAGAAGAGACGGAUCCAGAAAGAGGAUGAUGAGGAAGAGACAGAUAGAAGUCCAACACCUUCGGCUAGACGUUCAAAUCAUCCUACAAGUGUAGGUAAAUCAAACGAAAAACAGGAAAAACUCAAAGAUGUCAAAACAAAAGCACCAAUGAAAAGAAAAACCGUGGAGAAAUCAGAAGGCACCCUUCCUGAUGUAGGAAUUCAAACGAAGAGGACCCAGAGAGUGCUUCGAUCUUCCAUUAAACAAACCAAAGACAGGAAGGAAAAAGUAAAUAAGCACGCUACUUCUAAACAGUCCCUACAAGUAAAGAAAUACAGGGGUAAAAAGAGAAUUCCGCGUAGGAAUCAGAAAGCAAGUUUGAAAAAACAAAGUAGGCAGGAAAGGACAACAAAUCCUGGAGUAAAAAGUCCGACCUUUGCUAAAAGUUCUCAUAAAAGUAGCACAGUCCUAAAGGAAGAAAAAUUAGGAACUAAGAGUAACCUGAAUUCUAAAGCUGAAAGCUGUAAAAAGUCAAAAGCAAAGGUGAUUAAACAAACUUUGCCUAAGAAUGAACGCGUAUUGGUUGAGAAGAUGCAAAAUACAGUAGUAUUUACAGACGAAAUAUCUGAAGAAGAAUUUUUCAAAUUAUUUUUAACGAAAAUUACCGUUAAACAACAUCCCAUGGUAGGUCUAGAACAAAAGGAGGGAUGCAUACACGGAAUCAGUGUAUCUGAAGACAACCUACUAUGGGUAAAUCAUUUGGGAAACACUGUACAUCUUCGAAAUACAACAGGCGAAGUCAUAAGAACUUUUGAAUUAGAUUUCAGACCUGUAUUCAACUGCUGUACACCUUCUGGUGAUGUGUUAGUGACACAGGGUUAUGGUGCUACUAAACCUAUUAUUACCUCAAUAUCAAGAGAAGGAGAUGAAAAAGUGUUAGCCGAUCUUUCCUCCUUAGCAACAAAUCUGUGUGGAAUUUUAUGCCAAGAUGAAAGAAUUUUUGUUGUUGCACAUAGAGCAAAGGGUAAACAAUACUUUAUUAUCAAACUAAGGGAGAAUGGAGAAGUUGAAAGCGUAUACCCCACACAGAAAUCCUCAGAUGAUAUCAAUCAUAUAAUUUCCUUAAAUGGUCAACUUGUUGCCAUUCGCACCUUUGGGGGCGAAUUCAUCCCUUUGGAAACCAGUGAAAUUUCCUCAAGAAAAAUAAACAAAGUAAACAUAAACGCAUAUUCAGCGAGUGCUUCAGUGGACAAGUUUGGGAACGUUAUCAUGGCAUCAAACACUUCCCUCUUUAUUAUUAAUCCAAGUCUGAAGUAUAUGCAUGAAAUAGCCACUGGUAUUAAUGGAGGCAUCGUCUCAACAGCUGUUGAUCAAGAAAAUCAGUUAUGGUUCGGUACCAGGUCUGGAGACCUGUAUUCAACAAAAUACCUGAGAUGAUUGUAUCGUAAAUUUACUUUUCUCUGACCGAUCUUUACAUUUCCUUUGAAAUGUAUUUGUAUUUCUUAAUACAGCAGAGUGAGCAUAGCCUGAAUUAUUUAUUACCUUAUAACAGCAUUAUAUCCACAACCAAAUAAAAUAAUUCUACUUAAAUUUGCACGACGUGUAUUCUUUUGACAUAUUAGAAGAGGAUUUUUGCAGACGUUUUCGAAUAAUCUGCUCUAUAGCAUUUUUGUAUAAAAUAUGUGAAAAAUUUCCUUUUCAACGUCCACUGGUAAUGUGAUACGUGCAUACUUUAAUUAUUUGUAUGAAUUUGUACAUUAAAUUACAUUAUACUGUA